GACACACUCGUGGUAGAAAGCGGCUGAAUACUGGAACAACUGUAGCAUUUGAUACUGAAUUAUAUAUCUAAUUGCACUCGCCACUUAUCAGUUUAAAAAAAAAGUGUGUGAAACUUCGUUUCGCAUUUCCAAGACAGUUGAAAACAGGCGCAGGUGAACACACAAGGAUCUACCGAGGAGACGAAGACAAGAUCUUUAGAAGAGCCUUGCGCUGACUUUGCCUGAAGUCGAAGCUUUUCACGCGAUGUCGAGGAAAAAGGCGCAGAAGGGCAAAAGCGGCAACGCGAGCCCCUCUACCACCAAAGACCACAAUAACAGAUUGGGUAAAAGUGGCCUGGUAACUGGAGUUCAGGCUAAUGGAGUGGUGCAUCCAAGCCGAGCAUCUGUCAGCAGUAGUGAAUUUUACGACGUCGCGUUCAAGGUGAUGCUGGUAGGUGACUCAGGAGUAGGGAAGACCUGUCUGCUAGUGCGCUUCAAGGAUGGAGCAUUUCUGGCUGGCAGCUUUAUUUCUACUGUGGGCAUUGACUUUAGGAACAAAGUGCUCGAUGUUGAUGGGGUCAAGGUCAAACUGCAGAUCUGGGAUACUGCAGGACAGGAGCGCUUUCGCAGUGUUACACAUGCCUACUACCGUGAUGCACAUGCCCUGCUGCUGCUGUAUGAUGUCACCAACAAAGCUUCUUUUGACAACAUUCGCGCCUGGCUGACAGAGAUCGAAGAUUAUGCUCAGCAAGAUGUGAUCCUAAUGAUACUGGGCAAUAAGGCUGAUGCCUCUCAUGAAAGAACAGUAAGGAGAGAGGAGGGUGAGAGACUAGCUAAGGAGUUUGGGGUGCCUUUCAUGGAGACAAGUGCUCGGUCUGGCCUUAAUGUGGACCUGGCCUUCACUGCCAUAGCCAAAGAGUUGAAGCACAGGUCCAUGAAGGGUGUGGAUGAGCCCAAGUUUAAACUGCAUGAGUAUGUCAACAAAGAAACGAAGACCAUGGGGUGCUGCAGGUCCUAAAACCACAAGCGGGUGUGUUUGUAUAUGUACAUACACACAUGGUUAUCAUAAAUGUGUUUACAUUUGCCCAGCUGUGGGAUUUUUUUUUUGUGCGUGCGUGUAUGUAUGUAUGUAUGUAUGUGGACAUAUGGUUCUUAUUGACUAUGUUUAAAUUUGUCCACCUGCAUCACAUAUUUGUGUGAGUGUAUGUACCCUGAUUACAUGACAAAUGAUAAGCAGUGAACAGUGUGCAGCGUUCCAUCAGUUUUGUGACACCGUGUGGGUUUUUAAUCAAUUUCAAGUCUGGGAGAGCCUUGAAGGGCUCAUGGAUACAAUAUUUUCUUUAUACUGUUUCAUGGAAAAGGUUCUGGAGAAGCACAGUUUUCUGCCCUUUUAUGUCUGUAAGCACGGCAUACCCUGAUAAUGUUAGGAUAAUGGGAAGAAGUGCACUCUUUAGAGAAACAGUAAAGCAAUACCACAAACAUGCAGAUAUAAAGUAUAUAUAAAAUUGUUCCAUCUUUUUGAUCAUUUAAAGAAAUUAGGAGCCACAUAUUAAAUACACCAACGUUAUUUUAAAAUUAUAUAAUUGUUAUAUACAGUGGCAUGCAAAAGUUUGGGCACCCUUACUGAAAAUGUCUGU